AUAACGUGGAUUGAUGGACUUGGCAACGUUAUAACGAGUGACAUUGACUACACUAUGCUGCAGAUGCCGGAUGAGCGUCGCUUCACCGCCCAAUCGAUAUUGCGGCUGACACCGAAAAAGGAGCAUCACAAUACGACAUUCACUUGUCAGGCGCAAAAUACGGCAGAUCGUACAUAUCGGUCGGCGAGAAUACGUGUAGAGGUAAAAUACGCGCCAAAAGUCAAAGUGAGCAUAAUUGGCGGUGCGUUGGAGGAUGGCCGUAUACCGGAGUUUGCACAGGUGCGAUUAGAAUGCAAAGCGGAUGCCAAUCCCAGUGAUCUGCGUUAUCGUUGGUACAUCAACGACGAACCAAUUGUUGGUGGGCAAAAAACCGAAAUGGUGAGUUAGUUACAACAAAAGCAUUGAAUACAUGUAUACGUAUCGAUAUAUGAAAUGGAAGCUAUAUGUAGUGCUUAAAAUUAGUGCAUAGCAAAUGCAUUGAGUUGAAAUAAAUUUGAAUGCGCAGCAUUAGAGGGGUGUCGGCUCGUUGUGGCUUAGCGCAAUGCGGCACAAAGUAAAUGGGAGCGUGCGCACUGAAUUGGUUUGAGGUUAAUGCCGAGUGGCAGUUGCAGUUGCAGGCCGCUAGCUGAGGUUUGUGUAUGCACCGGAAAAUGUGGCAUUUGUUGGUGUUGCUGCCACUACCGUUACACUAUUCAUAGUACAUACAUACAUACAUAGUUGGUAGAUCGCAUAUCACAAGCCAAUCAAUUACUUGACUGAAUGCAACAACUAGACUUGCCGCAUUAAAAAGCUGGUCACUCACGUCGCAAUACAUGUGAUAUCUAGAGCAAACGGCGCUCUUCGAUUUAUUUUUUUUUUUUGAUAUUAUCUUUUGCUGCCACAACGAUUACGCCAACUAUGAUUGUUACGUGCUGCAAGCGAGAAGUUGCAACACAAGCGUUGUGUUGAAGAAAGCGUAAAACAUGCAGAACGUCUUUGCAGUCAAGCGGUUAGAAAGUAGUAACAAGCUUAAAUAUAUAGCCGCUUCAGCUCUCUUACAGCAUGCGCAUUUAGAGCGGAGGGAAGGAAGUCUUUGCCGCUAUGAUCCUAAUCAGUUGGUGCGCCA